AAAAGUUGGUUUUAUUUUCUUAGCAGUUCUCGGCAAGUUUUAUUGCGUUUUACCUAAAACUCUAUAUAAAUAUAAUGACUGACUUUUACAAUUCUGGAUUUAUUUUAUUAUACAUUUGUGCUAUUAUUUUACAAUUUAUAUUUUUAAUACACUGGUGUGUGAGAAGACGACGUCUAAGACAAUGUAAAAGUGAAACGCCUGUUGUAGUAACGUCAGCUACACAUACUGCACCUGGUGAUUAUUCAGUUACACAAAUGCCUCCGCCAGGUGGUUAUCAAACAAAUGUAACUGUGCCAUCUUAUCCCCCUCAUCAACAAAUGCAACCUCAUAUGGCUCCUUACCCUCCGAUGGCAGCACAAAAUUCUGCAAUGAAUCCACCAUCAUAUGAUGUAGCCGUGGCUGGUGCUCGUUAUCCAAAGCAAUCUGCCUACGAAAAACAAGCGCCAUACAAUCCAAGUUAUACGGCACAAUAAAGAGUUGCACAAUCAAUCUAACAUAUAAGUUAUAGGAUUUUAUAUUCAUAUUUGUCUCCAUGUGUACAUUGUCUCCAUUAAAACUAUCCUGCAAAAAUGUGUCUUCAAUGGUGUGUUUCCUGUACUAAAUGAAAUGUGCUACACAUUCUUUCAUACGAACCAAAGGAAUACGAUAUUGUGUUAUUGUGAAAUAUUAUUAUUAUAUAUAAAUUUUAUAAAAAUAUGUCUGUCUGCACAUUUAAAUGUUUAAGUAGUGCACUCAGUGAAUUAGACAUUCAAAGAAGUGAAAUGUAUUCCGAUCUAUGCCAUACGAAAAUAGCACAAAUGAAUUGCUUCACGAAUAUCAAAACUCCAUUUGAUAUGUAAACUGCAGAACCCAUAUGUUUAAACUUAAAAAUCAGUUUUAAAUAAAUCAUUAAAAAUAGUUAUUGUUGUGAUCUAA